AUGGGCUAUUUUCCAGCAAAGGGACAUUUCCCGACUGGUAGAAAGUAUGCUGAGACGUCUUCAAGAAGUAGUGAAGGCAAGAGGAGGAAACACGUGCUACUAAACGAUGAUAAAGGAGGAUCCUACACGUGCUCGGUGGCCGCAGGGAGUUGGUCUGGUCAGGCUGCCUCUCGACUGGACGUAGUGGACAGCCCCUUGGCAGGUUCGAGAUGCCCUGGUUCCGGGGCUUGGCCCCCGACGGCUCCAGGACUUCAGGCCUCUGCCCCGUGUCCUCCAGGCUACGUCGGAAUCGCCACGAGGCUGUGUCUCUUGCUGGAACCUGGUCAUGGAAGGUGGCAGAUUCCGGACUACUCAGACUGCAAGUCACACCACACCCUAGCCAUCACCAAUGCGGCCAUUACCGAUGCCCAACAAGUUAGGAACACAGUUAUGGCUGUUCUACAUCCCCAAUAA